CUGUCAGAAAUUACUUAUCAUAGUAUUUACUUUAUAGUUAUAAUAUAUAAUAAUUAUCCACGGGUAGAUUAUCUUUAUUAUGUUAACAAACAUAUCAUUACUGGUGUCCACUGGUCUAAAAAGGAAGACAAAGCCGGAGUAUUAUAUUUUUAUCUUACUAAGUAUUAA